CUUUGGGUUUUAUUUUCUCUUAAUUAAGGGAAGUUCUGUCGCAAAAUUCAUUUUCUUUUUGUAAUAACCCAAAAGAAUCGCAGUAUUUGUGGUAUAAACUAAUAAAUAUGAACAAGUGAAAAUAUAUCAUGUACGCCAAACUUGCGGUAAAUGACGCCAUUACAGGUAGUCAGAUAAUAAUAUGGAAACCAAUGUCUCAAUCAGCUGACGGAUGGAUUACAGUUGCCGGCGAUUAAUAGACAUUGUAUUUUUUCCUUUGCUUUAGUGUUACCUGCCAACGUUCUUGUAUUAUAAUGGUGAACUCCUGUGCAGCGUUGGGUUGCACGGAAAAAUACGUUAAAGGAGGUGAACUUUCAUUUCACAGUUUCCCCGCAGAUGAAGUACGGAGGAAUGUUUGGACCCUUGCACUGAAAAGGAAGAAUUUUAAAGCAACCAAGUUCACAAAAAUAUGCAGUAAACAUUUUUCAUCAGACUGUUUCGACACUGAUGCCUUUGGUUCCGGAAGAAAACUGAAGCGUGAUGCUGUUCCAUCAAUUUUUAAUUGUCCUCUGCAUUCAGCAUCGAAUGGAAGAAAUAAAUUGCCACAGUUUGAAAGAAACACGGAAAAAGUUUCGUCUGCAACGGACAAUGAAAUGUGUUCCGCAAAUAAUCAGCCCCUAAAACAGAGAAGAAGGUCUAGAAAAGCUUGUAUGUGUCACUAUCAUAAGGAAGUUGGUAAAGAUGGUCUUGAAAGUACCAUAAAGAAGAAACUUGUACACAGACAAAAAUCUCGGCGUGAAGUUACUGAAAGUAUUGGCGAAAUGUUAGAGGUUGAUCUGUAUCCUCACACAUUCAUUAUGAAUAUGAGACAGGAGCCAGAGGAUUAUGAGAAUGAGGUUGAUCUGUAUCCUCACACUUUCAUUAUGAAUAUCAAACAGGAGCCAAAGGAUUAUGAGAACAAGUUUACAGAAGGUCCACCAAUAACUGCAGACUGCAGUGUCGGUAUCAAGGAAGAUCCUGAGCUGGAUCUGGGUGUGGAUGUGAUUGAGAAUGGUGUUCUCAAAGAGCAUUUUCAAACAUCAGUGUGUACUGACAACAUCAAGAAAGAGCCUGAAUUGACAUUUGAAGUGGCUGAAUUGAAGGAUAGUAUUGAUGUAUCUGCAGAACAUUUUGUUCCUGAGUAUUGUCCAUCAAGCACUAAGAAGGAAGAGGAGUGUGAUUAUCUUGUGUUGUUGAUAGUCACAUAAAUACAAGCAACUGAUCAUUUUUAAAACCGGAUACAAAUGUAAGAAAAUUACCCCACUUACAAUCAUCCAUCAUUCCCUGUUUAGCUUUCACUCUGGUUGCAGUGUGUCCAUUACAAAUUCCCGACCAAUGUAUCUCCUUUACUCCUCAGUGCCAGUCUUCAAACUGGUUAGCGAAAUAGUUAACUUCAGCUUUCAAAAGUAUGGCCUUUUAAGGAAAAAAGACGUUUGUUAUCAUGUUUACUUAAUAAUCAAGUGUUACAAUGUUCAUAUUAUAUUUUUCCUCGAGUCAGACAAGAUUGUGAUGAUGGCUAGCACUGACAAAUGACAAAACUUGAAGUUCGUGUCGGCAACCUUCAGCAGCAGAAGCAGGGAAAGGUGUAGCAGUGACGGAUAUUUGUCUACACUGGAACAGCGCAGAUUAUUGCAGUAAGUGCGUCGUACAAAAACAGUUGAGAGUUUUGGUGCUCCUGUGAGAUGUAGCUCUGUGGUCCAAGUCUGUUAUGACACAAAGUGACAACAGAAAUGUGUAAUUUUAGGCACACUGCUUCAGGCUUCAAGGGGCAUGUACAUACUACUGAGGACACAGACGCUGAGCAAGCUGCCAUCAAAAGUUGUCUUAAUUAUUUGAUGUCUUGCCAUCACACCUCAGUCAUCAUAGCAUUCGACUACUACUAAAUCAGCUUGUUUCAUUUCUACAAUCCUAAGAUUGUAUGAGAGUCACACUGAAAUUUGUGAGCAACCCAUUGUUAAAAUUCUAAUUCAAACAAUGUAAGGAAAAAGAACUGCAGGAUUGUAAUCUUCAGACAUUACUCCACAUAUGCCCGUAUUGUGACAUAGCAUCUCUUAUGUAACCACAAGCAGCACUUCGAUGAUCGAUGUCAGUGUUCCAUUUUGACAGCGUCCUCUUAUUGAAUUCCUUGUUAAAGAGGGAAAAAUGUGCUCUGUUGAAAUCCACCUCAGACUUCAUGCCUACAGAGAUGUCUGAAUAGUCACUAGUAGUGUUAAGAGGUGGGUGACACAGUUUAAAGACAAUAUCAAACAAAGGAAAAUCCAGGAUGGAUUCAGCAGCCAGAGACUGUGAUCAUGUGUGUCCAAGUCUGUUUGUCUCUGUCUGUGUGUGUGUGUAACCUUGACCACCCUUCACCAAGCAUUCAAUCAAAACGACCAGGCAAUCUCAUCUGUGGGGUCAUUCUGCCCCAUGACAAUGCAAAGCCUCAUAUGGCCAACACAGUUGUGACACUUCUGCAGAAAUUGAAAUGGGAGGUUCUUGGCCACCCUCCACAGAGCCCGGACAUCUCUCCCUGUGAUUACGCCAUUUUUGGCCCCCUUAAAAAGGCUCUGAGGGGCAAACUAUUCACUUCAGAUGAUGACGUCCAGCUGUACUUGUGGAACUGGUUAACAUUGCAGCUCCAGGAAUUUUAUGAGACAGCCAUUGACCACCUUCUGUCACAGUGGGACAAGUGUCUCAACAGCCAGGGUCAAUACUUCUAACAUACGGGUACCGGUUUCUGUAAUUAUGCCUCUGGCUCGUUUCUUUUUGAACACCCCUUAUAUAUGAUCUAAGUAAAGCAUCGAUUGAAUUCCCUUUAACAUAUUUCUAACAAAACUGGAGUAUUAUGGUGUACAAACGUCUACAUUAGUAGUAAGAUCACCAAUGUAGGAAAAGAAAGAUACCUACUUACCAUAAAGAAGGAAAGUAAAGUUGCGGACAGGCGCAAUUAAAAGACUCUUACAUAAAGCUUUUGGCCACAGCCCUCGUCAGUAAAAGAGACAUGCACACAAACAAGCACACCUCGUGCACGCCACACAACUACCUACUCCAGCAUCUCAGGUCUGUCUGCAGCUAGACAUGCCUUUUUUACAGCGAGUAGCAAUCUGCUUUUUCCUACAUUGUUGAUACUCCCACCUGUUGUUUCCAUUGUUUGAUUACAUUGGUAGUAAUUUCUUCCUGCCCUGAACAGAAGACAUUAUGUCUCAGUUAGAAAUACUCUUUCCAUCUUAAGGUACAGGUAUUCCACAGGGCUCUGUCCUUGGCCCCUUCUUUUACAUUGUAGCUUAUCAGUGACCUGCCCCAUUGUGUAUCACAGUGUGUUAGCUUCUAAACUGAUAUACAACUUUACUUACUUUGCAUCAUGACAUCCCAGCUCUUGAUAAGAUUAUGCAAGAAACUCUUAACUCUGCAUUAAGUUGAUUUGCAGCCAAUUAACUCCUUUGUAAUCCAAGCAGAACCAAAAAGCUUAUGUUAGGACUGCCUAACAAUGUAGCUAUGUGUAUCAAACCCUUAGGAAUACAUAUUGUUGCCAAAAUAAGUUGGGAAGAGGAUAUAACAUGUAGUAACUGAGAGAUAAGGUCAGUAAUAAUUAUCUCCAUAUGACAUACUUCACAUUCUUUUGAUCACGUAUAUUGUAUGGCCUACUCAUAUCAGAAGAAUCUCCUCCUGACAGUAACAUUUGAAAAGUAAGAGAAAAAAAUUGUCUGUAAUAUGUAAGGCUGGUCCUAAAGAGCACUGUUGCCCUCUUUUUUACAAGGCUUAAGAUAUUAGCAGUGUUGAAUCAGUGUACCUAUGAGUCUCCACUCGUUCUUCAUAACAUAUGUCAUUAGGGAAGCAAUGCAUGAACAUGACACUAGAAAUAAGGCAAACAUUGUCAUACAAAAGUACAGGCCAGCAAUAGCAAGAAACUCGCAUAAAUUGAAUGUCUUCAACAUUUUAAUGUUUUUUCUCUCACUGCUUGAUCCUUACCACUUAAAAAAUUAAAAUUAUAAGACUGGCUGACAAAAAUCCAUGUUGCAAUAUAACAGAGUUAUAUGAUAUGGACAAUAUUGAUAUUAAUAUUUAAGAUUAUAGUUCUAUAUAUGGUACUUAAUUUGUACUUGUAAUGAGCAUUAAUAUUAAUACUUUGAUUGCAGAUGUAACUUUCUGUCUCUGAGAAAACCUAUUCUACUGUAUGCUUUCAAUGGCAAAU